CCCACAGCGGCAAAAGGGCUGCCCGCGCGAGCCGGGCUGCGAUCUGGGGCACGCAGCGGUGCGCACGGCGCCGGCCUCAUAGCAGACGGCGCAGCUGUCGAACCGCUGCACCCAGUGGGGACACACAACAGACAAGCAAGCAUGCCCCUCCAGGCCGACUUGGAUGGGGACGGCAUCGUCACGGCCGACGAGAUGGCGCUGGCCUUGAAGCUAGACCACGAGGGCGACGGCGUCAUCGACGUCGAUCUCGAUCUCGAUGGCGACGGCAUCGUGACGGCGGCCGAAAUGAAGCUCGCGCUCAAGGCCGACAAGGACGGCGACGGCCUCAUCACAACUGAGGAACUGCUGAAAGCGAGGGACGCGCCCGCCACACCGGCGGACCGGCGUCACGCCGCCCUCCUGGCCGCCCGGGUCGCGUCGUCGCUGAAGAGUACCGAGGCUGAAGAGCAGUCAUGGGCCGUGGAUGACGUAGCGGAGCCUCUGGCAUCCUUAUUCUUUAAAAAACGAGACCGCCAACUGCUCGUCUCGCUGCAGCAGCGCGAGGAACGACGAAGGCGGGCCGAGGAGCUCGCGCGCGCCGCGGCCAAGAUCAUGGAGGACGAGGCCGCGGCGGCACGACAGCAGCGCGAGGCCGCGAUGACGUCUGCUGAAAGACUGAUGCGCGGCGGCAAGAAGAAGAAGAAGAAGACGUCUAUCCGUCGGAAGUCCUCCUCUCGAAAAAAGAAGGGCAGCCCGCCGCGGCCGCCGCCCAUCGAGACAUCCAUACAGCCAGUACAGAAGAAGCUCCCUUCGCCACUGGCACGAGAUAGAGCUAGAAAGGCGAAGACCUGGGGCAAGGCCGCGACCACUCUGUUAGAACGCUUCGACUCCGACGUAUUGAUGGUCGAAGAUGAAUAUGGCGAAUUACGACUCACGCCGGAGAUGCGUGUCAAAGUCGACGAAUUAUUUGUCGAGAUCGGGGGCGGCCCGGACAUCGACGCGAAGUCCUUUCGCGGGGCGUUGGUGCAUCUCGGGAUCGUCGUGUCGGAUGGCGAGGCUGCCUCAAUGUUCGAAGCGGCCGAUAGCGAUGGCGGCGGCACUUUGGAUCGCGAUGAAUUUGCCGAUACCAUUGCAGGCGUCCUGGCGCCCUUGGUGGAGUUGCGACGCGAGUCGGUGCAGCCUUCCAUUGUCCUGCCGGAAAUGUCCUCGAUAUUAUCCCUACAAUCCUUACAAACAGAUAUAUUACAAGAAGUGUUAGACCGAGAUGACAGCGUCGCGCAGUUCGUGCACCAUGCGUCGGAGGAGUUCCGACGGGUCGAGAGUGAGAGGCAGGCCGAGUUGUUCGACAAGUUCAAAUGGAAGCGGCCGCCGACGCCCGCGCCCGUGCCGGCACCCGUCGUCGUCGAGGAGGCGCCUCCCCCUAAACGGCAAGAAAAAAAGAAGCCCGCGCCUCGACAAAAAAAUGACAAGAAGCCGAAGAAGCGUCCGAGGCGGAGCCCCUGGCACCUCUACGAGAAGCUGAGGCCCGUGUUACGGCCCCACGCUUCAGAUGAGUUGGGUAAGGCGUACAUGGAGCAUCAUACCCAUCUAGAUGCCGAGCUGCGCCUGAUCCAGGAUGAAUUGCGAUCGAGGCUCGCCCCGGCCACCGAGGACGAGUGGCGCACGGCGUCGGGCUUCCACAACACCGGCGCCGACUUAGCGGCCCUCGGCAAAAAAGCGUCAAAAUGGUCCCAGCGCUUCCGGGGCAUGGGUUCACUGAGGAGGAACGAGGACGGGACCGUGUCGUCGCAUGCCAAGGCCGAGGCCGCCGCGGGCAUCGUGAGGGAGCGCUUCCCGUUGCGGCAGGCCUUUUCUCCCAGAAGGUUAGUCCAAUCUUCUGAAAGAGAUGCAUGUUUCCGCAAGUUUAGCUCCAUAAAUUGCGAGGAACCCUUCACGCGGAACGGGCGCGAGGCUCGGUUGUUGCGACGGUGUGGGAGAAUAGACGACCUCGAGAAGGCCCUCCAGGGCUUUGAUAUCGUCUACCGAGGGCAAUUGUCGUCGGUCAAACUCGCUGAAGCUUUAAGAGAAGUCCUGAAGGAUGUAGAUGACGAGCCGGAUCCCUUCUACGACGACAUCGAGGGCAUACAUUUCAAACUCGAGGACGUCGACACAGAAACUGUGGACGGCAUCUGCAAGAAACUUAGCGGAGAAGACAAGCCGAAAACGCCAUCACUCUACUGGAUUUGUGAAUGCGGCAUGGCGCGCAAUUUACAAAACCAAGAAACAUGUAGCAAGUGCCACGCGCCGCGGCACUCGCCGCUUUCGGACUUUGUCGACUUAGUACAAAGUACUAAGGCGUUCUACGCCGUGCAACCCCUGAAACAAGCUUUAGAUAAUGCGCUGCUCGUGCCCAUGGACCGCCCGGGGCCCUUGUGCUGGGCGAACCUCACGAGACCCGGCGACGGCCUCUCGCAAAACCCGGGCCCGAAGAACACGUGGCGUAGUAGUGGCAAGAAGAAGAAGAAGCGGCGACGACGGCGAUCGAAAGAAAAACUGCCCAAACGACGAGAAUUCACAUUAGGCGAUGAAUCGGCGAUGAAGCUGCGCGGCGAGUUUUCCGUGGACGGCGCCGAUAGUCUGGAGAACCGCAUGAUGGCCAUGGGGCCGGUGGCCUCCGUGGCGGACAUGUCGGGGGCGCUGUCGCCCCUGACUCCCUAA